AUGAGUAAACUACGGGACGAAUUAUCGAAACUACGGAAAGACGCCCGCUGCGCUAGGGAGCGGAAGCAUUUCUACCCGCUCUCGGAGAUUACGGAGCUUCUUACGUUCGACCAAAUCUGUGCAUCCCUUCGCUCAAACUGGAAGAAUGAACGGGAUGUGGCGCGAUUUGCUUCCCUAAUCCAUGAGACGAACUUGAAAACCUUUGCUAUUCUCCUGCUUAACCGCGACGACGCCCAUAUCGUGGAAUUCCUAUUCCGUCGGGAGACAGACUCGAAAAUCCCGUAUAGCGACGACGGGCUGUAUUUCCUCCCCCCACUGGUAGCUCGCGAGUUCUUGGAGCGGCAAUGGGAAUUCCAUCCAGUCAUCUUCGAAAAGGGCGACAUCCACCGAAAGGUCCGGGAGGAGGAGAUCCUUCCGAUUUUAGAGGAGGAGAAGGCUGGCGAGGGUGGCUUUGGCACGGUGUGGAGGGUAAAGCUCCACCCCAGGUGCCAAAGGCUCGUGCCUAGUGGUCCCGAAACGGCGUCGGAAAGACCUAAAGAGGCCGUAAAGGGAAUCGUGGUUGCUUGGAAAGAGCUGAAAGACGGAGACACUGGUGACGACGAGCGCGCAAUACUGGAGCUACUCCAAACUCUUCGCCAUCCGAAUAUUGUGGAGUUUCUUGGCUCCUACGCUCAUCACGGUGUCCACAACCUUCUCUUCCCGUACGUGCCCAUGGAUCUGAAAAGACUAUUGGCGGGAAUGGCGGAAAUGCCGUUGAUGGAUCCGCACAAAAUCUAUUCUGGAAUAUACGGCCUAGCUGAUGCACUCAACAAGAUUCACGACUUCACCUUCAAAGAUGAGAAUGCAGAGAUCAGCAAGAUUGGGUACCACCACGAUCUGAGGCCGGCGAACAUUCUUGUGAAAAAUGAUGUCUUUAUGAUUGCCGAUUUUGGUCUCUCGAAGCUGAAGCCUGACGACAAGGACUCGAAGACGCGCUUGCGGGGCGGUCACGAUGACUACUUGGGUCCGGAGUCUUUUAAGGAAGCGGAUUGGACAAAUGGUAUUGUCGGUCGAGCCCUGGACGUGUGGGCCUUUGGCUGCAUUCUUACCGAAAUGGCUUCCUUGAUUGAGAGGCGGAACGUCGAAGAUUUUAGGAUCAAGCGUGAAGCCACUCAUGGUACGGAGUUCUUAGUAACAGACAGUGCCUUUCACCUAGCUGGCGUGAUCAGACCAGCCGUCACCAAAUGGCUCUCAGAUCUUACGGAAGAUCCAAAAGAUCAGCAGGUGCAGGAACUUGUCAAGCUAGCUCUGGAUAUGCUCAAUCCGAAUCCGUACAAGAGGAUAAAGAUCUCAGCUGCGGCAUCAACCCUUGCGUUAUUAACGUGGUCCUCCAACGUGGGUGCUGUUGAUCGACUUUUCGAUGGUUUAUCAUACAACAACGUCGAUCGAAGAUCAGACUUCCACGUCCUCGUCCUUCUAGAAUACAAAAGAUUCGGAGCAUGGAAAUCAGCAUUUGGCCGUCUCCACCACGAUGAAAGGCUGCGGAGCACCGACACUGUACUCGCCAGUCUCAGCCAUCUGCUGGAUGUACUGAGGUCGGGUGAGAUAGUUGCACGUGGUGCAAACAGCAGCCAGUCGGAAGCGGACGAAUUCCUGAGGAAAGUUUCGACUGCUGUCGACUCCGCGUGUGCAACGCUGCCAAUCGAAGCACAAGAGGGAAUGCAAGAACUGUGGUCCCGGGAGGUUAGUGAGAUCCAAGAGAUUGAGGUCCUCGCAGCAAUUCGAGCAGCUCCAAAACCGGAGCGGUACAGAUCAGUGGGCAUUAAGGUCGCGAUGAGGUACAUGUCCUGCGCAAUUUCCAGCUCAAUUCGCGUAGGAGGGCGUAGCCGGUACAUUGAAUCCGGCUGCGUAGAGAUUGAUGAAACCUCCUUAACUACAUCUCUGAGCACAGGAGGCGUUCAGUUGAUUGAAGACAAAUCCAGGACCAUGGGUUUUUACACUGGGGAGCAUGGCAGGAGUAGGGUAAUGGUUGAGUGGAAAGAGUAUGACACCCGAUGGCGAGACGGCUCUGGACAGAUAUUGCACGAAACUAUGGAUUCGUUAGUGAACUUGUUGGACCCUCUACAAACACCAAGACAGGGAGUGACAAAGGACCGCGUACUCGACUGCGUAGGUUACUUUCAUGAACCGCGCAAUUACCGAUUCGGAUUCAUUUACAUCCUGAACCCUCUCGGGGGCUGUGAUGCUGCAAGUAGCGCGCAACUCUGCUCGGUCAACAACAUCAUGAGAAUGACCGACCCAUAUGUCACCGACACAAUACGACCUGAUCUCGGAGACAUCUUUCACUUAGCCAAGGACCUAUCUUCCUGUUUGCUUGCACUCCAUGACGCUGGCUGGCUUCAUAAGAACAUUUCAUCGCACUAUGUUCUUGCUUUCUCGCCGUCACUAGAUACGGUCCACCAGCACAUCGCUUCCGCUGUCCUUACGGGGUUCAACGACAGCAGGCCGGAGGCAUCAGGCUUCACCCUCGGUCCGAAGCAGGAGUUUCUUCACUAUCAGCAUCCUCUCUAUCGCAGAGGUCUCCCAUUCAGGAAAUCUUUUGACUAUUUCGGUUUGGGCAUUGUACUUAUGGAGUUAGGUUUGUGGCUUCCGGUUUCUAUCAUACGUUAUAACCGUCGUGAGAUCAUCUCUGCCGAAGACUUUCGCAAGAAGUUGCUGAAAUCCUAUGUUACUCAGCUUGGUGAGAAGAUGGGUACACUAUAUAGGGACGCUGUUCGCUUCUGUCUGGAUGCGGAAGAUGACAUUCAGUCUAUGCAAGAAGAUGCGGAAGGUUGUCGAAUUGCGCAAGAGAUGUUCAAAGUAAAGGUAGUCCAGUCAAUUUCUCGUUGUUUCGCCUGA